CAAAGCUGGCAUCGCUUCCAAUAUAUUGCUCAAUCGACGCGCUUAUAAAAUAUAUUUUUUUCAGCAUGGUGAUUCAUGGAUUAUUCAACAGGGAUCGUCGUGAAAUUUGAGAAAGUUGUGUUUGGCAGCUUUACUUUCCAAUACUAAUGGGUUUUCUUGGGGCGUAGCCACGAGACGGUACAGAUUAUGCACUGUGUCAAGUUUCUGACACACUUUUUAAAGGUGGGGUAAUUUACCUGAGAAUCAGACACACUUUCAUCUUCCAACAGGCAGACAGCAGAGUUCUCUCUCUGUCCAGGACAGAGAGCAAGUUGCAAUGGGGGACACAGAGAAAGGGAAGAAGGCUUUUGUCCAGAAGUGUUCCCAGUGCCACACGGUGGAAGAGGGGGGACGACACAAGGUGGGACCAAACCUCUGGGGCCUGUUUGGCCGGAAGACAGGACAGUCACCUGGAUACUCCUACACACAGGCCAACACCAACAAGGGUAUAGUCUGGGAGGAGAAGACACUAAUGGUCUAUCUAGAGAACCCUAAGAAGUACAUCCCAGGUACCAAGAUGAUCUUUGCUGGUAUCAAGAAGAAGAAAGAGAGAGAGGACCUGAUAGCCUAUUUAAAGGAUGCCACUUCGUAGACAGACACACAUCAUACUGUACACACACACACACACACACACACACACACACACACACACACACAUUUCCUUCCUAUACAUGCACACCUCUCUAACACACACCUGUCAUUCUCUACUAACUUACUCCCACUCCUGGUACACAUGUUCUUCUGACACACCCAAGGACACACCUCAAUACACACACAAACAUACAGCACACACUACUGUACACUACCACACACACUACAACACACGCUACCAUACACACUACCACACACACACACACUACUAUACACACUACCACACACACUACCAUACACACUACCACACGCACACACACUACUAUACACACUACCACACACACUACCAAACACACGCUACCAUACACUACCAUACACACUACCACACACACUACCACACACACUACCACACACACUACCACACACACACGCUACCAUGCACACUACCACACACUACCAUACACACCACCACACAAUACCACACAAUACACAGGAGGUUGGUGGCACCUUUACUGUGGAGGACAGGCUUGUUGUAAUGGCUGGAGUGGAAUAGUUGGAACGGUGUCAAACACAUCAAACACAUGGAAACCAUGUGCCAUUCCAAUGUGCGUUCAAGACAUUAUUAUGAGCCUUCCUCACCUCAGCAGCCUCCUGUGAUACACUACCUUACACUAACAUGAACAAACAUACAGCAUUCAUCUUGGAGGAGGCUGAACAUACUGAGAGGAUUCUCCACUCGUAUUCAUUUGUCUUCCCGUUAAUGUUUUAUACUUGUUCUAGUGCUAAGGCAUGUGCAUACUCACUUUGUUCUUGUCUCUUUUAGAAAAUGUUGUUGUCUAAGAAAGUGGUUGUGUUUCUAAUUACGGUUGAGGAAUUUUCCAGAAAACUCUGAACAGAUGUAUUAUAAAAAUAGAGCCGUUUAAAUGUAAAAGUCUGAAUCUUUCUCAGUCACGUAGGGAUGAGAUAGAUGUGUAAUAUGAGCUUGUGCAUCAUACAUACAUUGGUGUGUGAAAUCUCAGCAAAACUUUUGAUCUCAAGUUAGAAUUCAAUCAAAAAUAUGCAUUUGAAAGGGAUACAGUGCCUUGCAAAAGUAUUCAUCCCCCUUGGCAUUUUUCCUGUUUUGUUGCAUUAAAACCUGUCAUUUAAAUUGAUUUGGAUUUCAUGUAAUGGACAUACACAAAAUAGUCCAAAUUGGUAAAGUGAAAUUAACAUUUUCUUUCUAAAAAAUACAACAAAAAACGGAAAAGUGAUGCGUGCUUAUGUAUUCCCCCCUUUGCUAUGAAGCCCCUAAAUAAGAUCUUACAUCCCACAGAGCACCAUUAAAUCCAUUCUUAAAACAUUUAAAGAAUAUGGCAUCACAACAAACCUGCCAAGAGAGGGCCACUCACCAACACUCACGGACCAGGCAAAGAGGGCAUUAAUCAGAGAGGCAACAAAGAGACCAAAGAUAACCCUGAAGGAGCUGCAAAGCUCCACAGCGGAGAUUGGAGUAUCUGUCCAUAGGACCACUUUAAACCGUACACUCCACAGAGCUGGGCUUUACGGAAGAGUGGCCAUGAAAAAGCCAUUGCUUGAAGAAAAAAAUAAUCAAACAUGUUUGUUGUUCGUCAAAAGGCAUGUGUGAGACUCCCCAAACAUAUGGAAGAUGGUUGUUACGGAUACAAGUGUCCUGUGUGUGUAUCCUGUGUGUGUGUGUUUCUUUUCUCUCCUUCUCACUUCACAGGUGAAAAUCAUCACUCCCCAAUCAGUCACCAAUCAUCAAUCAGAAGACACACCUCCUGUUUCAUACCCAAUCCCUGUUCCUUUCCCUUUGUUUAAAAACCCUGUCAGUUGUUUGCUGUGGAGCUCAAUCGCUCUGUAAAUGCCAUGUCUGUAGGUCUCUCUGUU